UUAUUUUUAAAAUAAUUAAUUAAUUAAACAGAAAAUUUGGGAACCAGCUCUAUAAUCCAGCCCCCAUAAGCUGGCCAUGUCCUGAGUCAGGACAUUGUUGUUGUGGUUGUAAAUACGGAUCCCAAGUUCUCAGCCACUACCUACCGCGGCCGAGAAUGUCCGGCGGAGACACCACCGCCACUGCCGAGAACGGCGAAUCCGUCGAGACCGCUCUCCAGUCACUUCACGAUGUAGUGCAGAUCUCGGCCUCUGGCUUCUCCGGCGCCUUCAAGAAAGACUGCACCGACUUAGUUCGCAGAGUCUCACUCCUUGCCCAUUUGCUUGAAGAGAUCAGAGAUUUUAAGACCCAUUUACUUACGAACUCGUCGUCUUCUUCCUCUUCCAGUUCUUGCUUGUCUGAUCUCAUCAUAGCUCUGCAAGCUGCUAAAAGAGUUCUUCUUUCAGCCAACAACAUUGAUGCCAAGAUCUCUUCUGAUGGGGUGAUGAAGAAAAUCCACUUUCAAUUCCAAUGUGUGACAUGGAAAUUGGAGAAGUCCCUUGCAAACUUACCGUAUGAUCAUUUGGAGAUAUCCGAGGAAUUAACCGAACAGGUUCACUUGCUCAGAUCACAACUCAGAAGAGCCACGGAAAGAUACGGCGUGUCCAUGAAUUCAAAUUUAUUAGCCCGUACACUAUCUGAGCCUGUGGACAACGAACUAGAUCCUCUCCAGACAAACAACAGAACAAUUGGGAGUUUGCACAUAAAAGAUAUUGGAAAUAUUGAUCAUGAAGUGAGGUCAAAGUUUGAAGGACCAGUCCCCAUAGCUAAUGGAUGUGGAUCUAGUGGGAAGAGUAAGGGAUUAGAAAGCGCGACUAGUUCAUCUGUGGGGCCUAAGGAUUGUGUACCUGUUCUUUCUGGCUGUGUCGGGGAAGACAAAGAUGAGGAUUUCAGUGAUGAAAGUAACGUGGAAGAGAGCAGCAAGAAGACAGCAAAAUGUCCGAUGAUUCCCAAUGAUUUUCUUUGCCCCAUUUCCCUGGAGCUUAUGAGGGAUCCUGUUAUUGUGGCAACCGGGCAGACUUAUGAGAGAGCAUACAUACAGAAAUGGAUAGACUGUGGCAACACAACCUGCCCUAAAACCCGACAAAAACUCGACCAUCUUACCCUCACUCCGAAUUACGUCUUACGAAGCCUCAUAAGUCAAUGGUGUGUGAAACACAACAUCCAGCAGCCAACAAUGCUAAACAAUCGAGGGGAAAAGAAGGGUGAUGGAUCAAUCUGCGAAGCCAACGGAAACGUUUCUGCCAUUGAAGCACUUGCCCGGAAGCUGUCAAGUAGGUCGCUUGAAGAACGGAGGUCAGCAGUGUCUGAGAUCCGGUCACUGUCCAAACGAAGCACAGACAACCGGAUCUUGAUUGCUGAAGCCGGAGCUAUCCCGGUCUUGGUGAAUCUGUUGACCUCCGAAGAUGGAGAUAUUCAAGAAAAUGCAGUGACCUCCAUUCUUAACCUCUCCAUAUAUGAGAACAACAAGUCCCUAAUUAUGCUGGCUGGCGCUGUUCCUUCCAUUGUUCAAGUUCUCAGAGCAGGAACCAUGGAGGCAAGAGAGAACGCGGCAGCCACCAUCUUUAGUUUGUCUCUUGGGGAUGAGAAUAAAAUCAUAAUCGGUGCAUCAGGAGCAAUUCCGGCACUUGUGGAGCUCCUCCAAAGCGGGACCACCCGAGGGAAGAAAGAUGCCGCAACCGCUCUGUUCAAUCUGUGCAUUUAUCAAGGAAAUAAAGGUCGGGCAAUUCGGUCAGGGAUCAUUCCGGCUUUGUUGAAAAUGCUGACUGACCCUAGCUGUGGCAUGGUUGACGAAGCGCUAACCAUUCUUUCGGUUCUUGCUAGCCAUCAAGAUGCUAAGUCUGCUAUAACAAAAGCUAACACUAUCCCUGUGUUGAUUGAUCUCUUGAGGGCUGGUCUUCCCCGUAACAAAGAAAACGCAGCUGCUAUUUUGCUCUCCCUGUGCAAGAGAGAUGCAGAUAAUCUUUCAUCACUUAAUAGGCUCGGUGCACUUAUACCUCUAACAGAACUUUCCAAGAGUGGGACAGAGAGGGCCAAACGAAAGGCUACGUCAUUGCUGGAACACCUGCGGAAAGCACAGUAAAGAACAUUUUUCUUUCUUUACCCUAGUACAUGAUUGAUCUCAUUUAAUUAGGGUAUAACAGCAGAAGCAUGAGAAACAUUAAAGGGGUUUCUCUUUGCUUAGUGUGUAUCUAUCUAUAUAUUAAUUUAUAAUUGUGUUUACUUGUUCUUCAUGUGUGUUAAAUAUUUAGUACCAAGCUCAUUGCUUAAGCCGGUUUCGAUUAGGGCGAGAUGACAAUGCAUUUAUUAUGUAACUUCUGAUAUAUUUUUGUAACUUGAGAGAUUAGUGUAACUUUUUUUUUUGUUAUAAGUCUGAACUGUCUGUACCCGACUGUCCCAUUGUAAUGAAUGUCAACUCAUAUUACUCGUGUUUUUUUAUACAUCGGAAUGAAAUAUUACUCUGUAUUUAUUUA